CAUUACUGCAGCAACAGCGGUAUACUGUAGUGAAAUCAAGUUAAUUAUUAUAACAUUAUAUAUCUUAUAGUUAGCGCUGAAUGUUAAACAGUAUUACUUACUUCAUUUAUUUGUACGCUAUGGAAUACACCUUCUUGCCAUUACUUAUAAAUUUUUUAGUGUCAUAAACUUGGACCAGAUCGUAUUCUGCCAUUACCUUCCGGUAAAGGAAGAGAACACACGCGGAUAUUUGAGAGGAAGGAAUUGUGGAAGUAUUUUUUUGUGUUAUCUACUUUUGGACAAUAUUAACAACAAUAUAGAAUGGCUAACAACGGAGCUCCCGACUCGUGGGAACAACAAGCCGAUAGUGGUGUGGCCGAGCCUGGCGAAUCCCUCGAUCUGUCUGGGAAAUUUUCCACGUUGAACGUGAACGCAGCCGAAUUUGUGCCUUCAUUCUUACCAAGACAAGCCGAACUAGUACCGAAAACAGAAUCACCAGAGUCACCCGACGAGCAGGUUCCUGUUACAAACGUUGCAGAUGAGGCAUGCUGUCGAGGGGUUGAAGUAGAUGAACCUCCUGGAGAAGGGGCGCCUCCGCCUCCUGCAGACAGCUGGGAGGAAGCAGCUGAUGGAGAUAAUGAUCCACUUCUAACUCCAGAAAAUGAACCAGAAGGUGAGGAAGAUGACGAUGAGGAAGCAGAAGAGGUUAUCAAACCCAAGAAACGACCUGUAAACAAAACACAAGAAACUAAGAGCAAGAAGGAACAUGUCAAUGUUGUCUUUAUUGGUCAUGUUGAUGCAGGAAAGUCAACUAUUGGGGGGCAAAUCAUGAACCUGACAGGCAUGGUAGACAAGAGAACACUGGAGAAAUAUGAGAGAGAAGCAAAAGAGAAGAGCCGUGAGACGUGGUACUUAUCAUGGGCUUUGGACACUAACCAGGAAGAACGGGAGAAGGGUAAAACGGUGGAAGUUGGCCGGGCAUACUUUGAAACAGAGAGAAAGCAUUUCACCAUCUUGGAUGCACCAGGUCAUAAGAGCUUUGUGCCCAAUAUGAUAGGCGGAGCAGCGCAAGCAGAUCUGGCUGUGUUGGUGAUUUCUGCACGUAAAGGUGAAUUUGAAACUGGAUUUGACAGAGGCGGCCAGACACGAGAACAUGCCAUGCUAGCUAAAACAGCUGGUGUGAAACAUUUGGUGGUAUUAGUAAACAAGAUGGAUGAUCCAACAGUGGAAUGGUCAGAGGCACGCUACAAUGAGUGCAGAGACAAGAUCAUGCCAUAUCUGCGCAAGCUGGGCUUCAACCCUCAGAAGGACCUAACCUUCAUGCCUUGUUCAGGACUCACAGGUCUUGGCCUCAAGGAUCCACUUGAUGAAAAAUUAUGUCCAUGGUACAGAGGUGAUGCUUUUAUUCCCUUCAUUGAUAAACUUCCAUCGCUGAACCGUAAGAUGGGCGGUCCAUUUGUAAUGCCUGUAGUGGAUAAAUACAAAGACAUGGGCAUGGUAGUCAUGGGAAAAGUGGAAGCUGGUGAGGCCAAGAAAGGUCAAUCUUUACUGCUUAUGCCUAAUAGGACUGUGGUGCUCGUGGAUCAGAUGUGGUCAGAUGAUGAAGAAGUUACAGCAGUGGGACCUGGUGAAAAUGUGAAGAUCAAGUUAAAAGGAAUUGAAGAAGAUGAUGUUUCACCAGGGUUUGUGCUUUGCGAUAAUACUAAUCCUAUUAAGACUGGCCGAGUAUUUGAUGCUCAGGUUGUGAUUUUAGAGCAUAAAAGUAUAAUCUGUGCCGGUUAUUCAGCUGUGAUGCAUAUCCAUUGUGCAGCUGAGGAAGUCACAGUCAAAGCCUUAAUCUGUCUGGUAGAUAAGAAGACUGGUGACAAGUCGAAGACACGGCCCCGUUUUGUGAAGCAAGACCAAGUAGCUAUCAUGAGGGUAGAAUGUGCAGGCGUAAUCUGUAUGGAACAAUUUAAACUAUUUCCACAGAUGGGAAGAUUUACGCUUAGAGAUGAAGGUAAAACAAUCGCUAUAGGUAAGGUGUUGAAGGUUAUCGAGUAAAUUGUAUUGCUUUCAAUUGGCCAAUAAAUUAAACUGAGAGAGAAGAAAAUUUUCCAUCGGAACCUACUGUAAGUGGCAAAGCAUCUGGACAAGAAUGGUAUAGAAUGAACAGUGCCCAGUCAUACCAUCUGUGUAUUGCUUGAUUAUCUUGAUUGAUUGAUUGAAGAACGUUUCAGGUGCUUUCCAUUAGUAGCUGGAGGUGCAUCUGAGAAGAUAAGAGGGGCGCAUAAGUGUGUAUGUCUGUAUGUAACAGGAUAAUUGUGUGAGAAAGUGCAAAAUUGUGAUGGUUUAGAAAGAAUUAUGCCAGGGCUAACCUUCCUCUGAAAGGAUUUCUUAGCUGAAAGCUGUGUCACCUGAACUUUUACAAAAUAACUUACCUUCUUGCGUAUACAGUUGCAAUUAUCAGCCAAUACUAAUGUAGUUUAUUGAGUAAAAUCUUGUUUGGUCAUUGAUAUGAAUGUAUUAACAAAAUAUUGUCUCAGGUGCAUAGUAUUGGUUUGUUACCAGUUGCAGUUGUAGGCAUGAGUGAUGAGUCAGAGCUUCUGGCAGUGCUGACAACCCCAUAAUGAUCUGUUGCUUCUCAUGAAGGAAGAGAAAUGGUAAUGGUCAGUGAAAUUAACCCUGAAGGCAGUGACAGCAAUUCUAGCACACUUGCCCUCCAGCUAAAAUUAUAUUACAUUUCUUUCGUUGCAAUUUUUAAUCGCUUUUCAUGACACCGUUGACUCUUAUACGUUGAUACACUUCAGAAAGCAAACUGUGGGAAAAUAUUGUUAAUUGAAAAGUAUGUGAGUCUCAGAUUGCAUAUAUUAUCAGGUAACUUUUAUGAUGUAAAUUCUGGAGGUAAAAUGUUUUAUUGAGAGAGCCUUUGCCAAAGGAGGUGAAAUGUAAAAUUUGUAUGCACCUUUGGAUUGGUUGCUUUGCUGCAAAUUGAAAUGGUUGUCCUUUUGCCCCCCACCCUCCCUCUUUGUGAUGUAAUUGACCGCUUUCAGUGUACUAAUGCACACGUUACGAGAUGUUGGCAGAGAUGUGCCUCAAGAAAGAGAGUUCUCUUUUUUUUAUGAAAAUAUGCUGGUAAUGUCUAUACUACUGGGAUAUUGUUGUUUAUAAAUAUGUUAAUUUUAAAGGUUAGGGGAUAAUUUUAUAUAAGCAAAGACAUACCAAUGUUUUCAGUUGACAUAAAUAACUGUUAUGAAUUUACAUUCAUACUUGUAAACUUGAGAAAGAGUCAGACAUAAUAAUGUGUUGUUUUGAAAUACAGUUUAUUGAGUUUAGAACUGAAUCUAGAAUCAUAUUUUGAUUGGUAAAUGAUAUUAUUUUGAAAACUGCCAGUGGUCAGGAAGUUUGUCCAUUGUCCACGAGAUGCUGGUACAUGGUUUCUCUUUGCCUUUUUAUAAGCUGCUUCAGGAGAUGCCCAUGUGUGGUGUUUUCUUGAUUACAAGUGAUUUUCACAUUACAAUAAAGGAAGAUAAAUGAA